GUCCUUUUUAUCAAUGCUAUUUUAUUUCUACAUGAACUCAUGAUACUGUACUAUAUAAAUGGGCCAUGUUGGUGCAUUUUGUUUCCUUAUAUAGUUAUGGUAGAUCAAGUAAAGUUAUACGGUAUAUAUGUAAGUUACAAUCAUGCACACUACAAAGAUAAGCUUAAAUAAAUAUUAACCGUACGGAGAAAAGGUAGUAGUAGGCUGUUAAAGUAAAAUCAGGGUCUGUGUUUAAAGACGCAGAGAAUCUAGAGUGAAAUCGUAUGUUGGAUUUCGAAAUCUAACUGUUUUUUAAUAUGCGUUUUUGUUAUGUAUUACCUCGUAAGAAGAGAUCAUAUUUUUGCUGGAAGAAUUUGAUUUGCAAAACUCAGUACAAAUAAGUAUGAUAAUAAUUGAUUGUUUACUAGCAAAAUAUAUUAUUCAUUCCGUUUCAAAUUAGUUGUCGUUCUAAGUUUUUCAAGCCAAUUAAAAAUAGUUAAAUAUUCAAUUUAUUUAACUAUUAAAAUUCUAUUAUUUUAUUUUUUUAAUUAAUGUAGGAAUAAAAAAAAUAAAUUAGUGAUAUAAAUUGCAUUGAAAUCCAAAAACAAUUUUUAUUGCAACAAAAAUUUUAUUUUUUUUAAGGAGUAGUAUUUAGAUGAAAUGGUAAAGAAGAACUAAAGUGUUAAAAAAAAAGUAAAGAAGAACUAAAAUAUAGUACUCCCUUCAUUUUCUAUUAGAUGUUGUUUUAGAAUUUUGUACAUAAUUGACUUAUCCACGUUGAGUUUUAUAAUAUUACUAUUUUUUACAUAUUUUUUCUUUCAAAAAUUUGAAAACAUAAAGUUUUUAAUUAUCAAUACCAAAUUUACUAGAAAACCAAACCAAGAAAAUGAGAAAAGGAAAAUAAAAAAAGCGAUGAAAGGACCGAGUAUGACAAAAUAUGGCAUGUCACGGUUAUUAGAAGACUCCUGCGUCUGCAUUUAAUAUUUAUUGUUUUUAUGGAAACACAAAAUCCAAUAAAAAAGGAAUAUAAAAUCUUUGAUUCUUCUUUUAUUUGCUGCCUUCAUCAUAAUAGAAUCUGAGAGAGAGAAAAAAGGCCAGAGACCCGGAGGGAGAGAGAGAGAGAAAUAGAGUUGGCCCAGCGAUCGAAGAAAAAGAAGACGGCUUGAGAGCUUUCUUCUUCCAUGGAGUAUUGAUUAUUUGGCAGUCUCUCUUCUCUUAUUUUAUACUACAUUGUUUUUUGUUUUUUAUUUUUAUUAUUAGUCUGACCGGCGAUUUAGGAAUGAGUGUUUAUUUUAUCAUCAACGAUCAAAGAUUUGUUUUUCUCUGUUCAAAGUGCGAUCGGAUGAUGUGGGUCUGAGUUUGUCUGCAGAUUCAUCAUAUAUGAGAGAGGUUUCAUAAAAACAAACAAUGCGAUGCCGUUUUUAAGAACCAGAGUUAAGAGGAAUUUGGUGGAUUAAGCAAAGGGAAAUAACUCAACUGAAGAUAUGAAUUUGAGUGAUCAUAAUACAUCAUCUGAGAAUGCAACUAAAAGACAGCUUCCUGUGUUUCUCUUACCAAACUCAACUUCACAAGCUUGCAACGCUAGUCCUGUUAAGGCCAGGAGGAAAAUGAUUGACCUUCAACUCCCUGCACACAUGUAUCUUGAUACGGAUGAGACCGAUGAUAAUACGAUCUGCGCUCCAUAUAAACGCUCUAAAUCUGGAAGAGGGGAUGAUGCUUCUCAUCAGAGCAACCCUUCAGGAUCUUGCUUAGAUGUGAAGAACUCAACUGGCUUAUUAGCUGACUUGAAUGAGCCACUCACAUUGCAAGAUUCAGAACCUCUUGCGCUCUCCAGGGAUACCUAUUCUCAUUAUAGGAGACACAAUGCAGAUGUUGAAGGGCACUGGUCGGAGAAAAACACAAGUCAAAAUGGAUGGAUGGUCCUUGACGCAGGGCAUGGCGGAAGCACUCAGAGUCAGAGAGACCUGCAUAUACCUUCCCGUUCUGACAAUGCAGUUCAACCUCAGAGGCAGAGCUAUCCUCCGACUGAUUAUAGCAAUGUAACAUUCUCCCGGGAAAGAGCACAUCGUGAGCUGGAAGCUCGUUCAGUGAAUCCUCAAGCUUCUUAUGAUAGCUACGUGGAAUCAAGUGUGGCUUCUUAUGAAUGCUCAGCUGGAUUGCCCUGGCUAAAACCUAAGCUCCCUUGCAAAAUUGAAGUAUCCAAUGGCUUCUUGGACUUGAAUGCAUCAACAAAUCAAUUCACAGAUGGCCUGAAUAGUGUUUCCCCUCAGAAAAGUUUGAGAUCAUCUGCUUCAUGCUCUAACAAUGCCAACACUGUAAGAGUUGAGAAGCAUACUUCCCUUCUCUCUCACUCCUUGUGCAUCGCUGAUCAGCAUAAGGAAAUGAACCACUUGUUAAAGCGAGACUUCGAUAUCAACUUGCCAUGUGAUGAUGCCUCGGUUUCUGUUGACAAGCAUGGUGCUAAAGCCUUUUGUCUUAAAAAGGAAGGAGAGAACAAAGCUGCCAACAUCAGACACUGCUUUGAUUUGAAUGCAUGUGCUAGUGAGGAUGAUGAAGGUUCAGGCUUACAUUCUAGUCUAAGAGUGAAAACAAAAGGAACUUUUUCGAUAGAUUUGGAAGCUCCCCCCACUCUCCAGAGUGAAGAAGAAGAAGAAGAAGAUGGAGAGAGCUCGCAGGAUGAACUCAUCAAGGUAGCAGCAGCAGAAGCAAUAGUCGCCAUUUCAUUGUCUGAUCAUCCUGAUGACGCAGCUUCCUCCUCUUCAACUGAUGUGGCAUCGAAAAGUCCACUCUCUUGGUUCGCAGACAUUAUCACUUCUUGCAGUGAUGAGUUAGAAAGAAAGAUUGAUGGUUCUGGAGAAGAGAAUUCUUCUGGGGAGAUUGACUACUUUGAAGCCAUGACCCUGAGUUUACAUCCGACCAAGGAAGAAGACUACAUGCCAGAGCCAUUAGUCCCUGAGAAUAUGAUCUUCGAAGGGACGGGCUUGAACAAGCCAAGAAGAGGAAAAGCAAGAAGAGGAAGACCGAAGAGGGAUUUCCAGAGAGAUACUCUCCCUGGACUCUCUUCUCUAUCAAGGCACGAAGUCACUGAAGAUAUACAGUUGUUUAGUGGGCUUAUGAGAAGCAGAGAGUCCACCUCUGGUGGAGACAGUAGGGCUACAGGAUGGGGAAAAGCAACAAGAAGACCGAGGAGACAAAGGUGCCCUCCUCCUGCAACUGUAAUCUUAACAUGAUAGUUUGAGGAAACAAUCAGAACUUCACAAACCUUGAAACAUUGCAAAGAGUACAAUUAGUAUUAGAAUACAUUGAUGUUAUUGAAUGUCACCUUUUGUUGGUUAUAAAAAAGAUACAUCUGUUUAUUA